CUUUACACGCUAGAAGCACGACGACACGACGUCACGUUUUCAGAUUUUUGUCCUUCCUGCUCUUCUUUGAUCUUCCACGACUUCAUGAGAAACAUGUCACUCUCAAAGAAAUUCCUUUCGGGUCAGACUCACACAUCAUCAACCCAGUCAUCGACACCAGUAUGGUACCGUCACGUGCCCAAGAAUCUCCUUCUUAUCUUCCUGAGCGUCAUCACGGCACCGAUAUCAAUAGCUCUCGUAUUAUUUUGUUUGAUAUACACUCGAAUUAACCCAACUCCAAAUCCGAUCGCCUUACCGUCACCCCUUCACCGCCAUGAGGUCAACGAGCAAAGUGAGGAAAACGCGGACUCAGACUCACUUCGACAAAAAAACAUUCUAGUUACCGGAAUUUCUAUGACGAAGGGCCUAAUAAUCCUCCGCCUUCUAUCUCAACAUACUCCACACCGCAUCAUCUGUGCAGACAUUUCUUCAGUUUCUCCAGGCCGUUUCUCCAGUGCUACUUCUGCGUUCUACCGCCUCACGCCGCCAGAUGGUAGUGAUGCCGAGCCAUACAUCGACUCGUUGCUCAACGUAAUUCAGCUUGAGAAAGUGGAUCUAUGGAUCUCGUGCUCGAGUGUCGUGGCAGCUGUCGAAGAUGGCGUCGUAGUUCGGCUUGCAGAAGAACGUGCCAAAGCGAAUGGAUCUGCAGGAUUCCGCGCGAUACAGUUCAGAGAAGAUGUAGUAGAGACUCUACAUGAAAAGGAUCGAUUCAUUGAAUAUAUCCAGAGCUUAAGAUUGAGGGUUCCGGAAAGCCAUCGGUGUACGAGCCGCGAGGAAGUUCUUCAAGUCCUACUACCCGAUUCCGAACCUGAAUCUUCAACCAACCAAAAUCAAAGAGAGGGUGAAGAAAAAGGGGGCGUUAAAUACAUCCUCAAACCUAUCGGCGUAGACGACCGAGCCCGCGCGGCCAUGAUGACACUUCUCCCUUUCUCCUCUCCCCAAGAGACGACGUCGUACGUCAACAACCUCACCAUUGAACCGCAAAACCCUUUCCAGCUCCAGCAAUUCAUCCAAGGCGACGAGUACUGUACCCACGCGCUCAUAGUCCGCGGCCGCGUCGUCGCCUUCACAGCAUGCCCGUCCUCUGAACUCCUCAUGCACUACUGCGCCUUACCGUCCAACAGCCGUUUAAGCAAAGCCAUGCUAGCAUUCACGCAGCGCGUAGCGGAAGACGGGGGCGAAGACUUCACCGGCCACCUAUCAUUCGAUUUCCUGGUCCCCAGCACAAAAAGCAAUAACAACGGUAGUAACAGCGGAGCGAAUAAAAGUAAAAUCGAAGAAGAUGAGGAUGGAAACCUCGUCAUUUACCCCAUUGAAUGCAAUCCGCGCGCCCACACGGCAAUCGCCCUCUUCGCAGACACGCCUGCGCUGUCGUCUGCUUAUCUCUCGGUUUUCUCGCCGCCUUCUUCUCUUGACGUCCGGGAUAUUGUUACACCUGCGGUUCCUACGCAGAAUUUUUAUUGGAUUGGGCAUGAUCUAGUUACAUUGCUUAUUUUGCCUGUGCUAGAUGCUGCGUGGGGUGUUGCGACGGUUGAUGAUGUGUUGAAAGGGUGGAUUGAAUUCGGAGAGCAUGUUUUGGCAUGGCGCGAUGGCACAUUUGAUGUGAGUGAUCCGAUUCCGUUCGCGGUGUUGUAUCACGUUUAUUGGCCACUUGUUUUCAUGGGUAAGUUAUGGCAGGGGAGGGAGUGGAGCAGGAUUAAUGUUAGCACGACCAAGGUGUUCGAUGGGUGA